AUGUCUGACUUCAAGGAAGGACAAUUCACUGUUCUUUAUUUUGCUACUGCUAGCUCAUACACCUCAAAGGAUUCCGAGACUUUUUCUGCCCCUCUCCCUCUUUCACGAUUGUUUGAGACUUUAGAGGAUCGCUACAAUGGAAUGAAAGACAAUGUCUUGCGCAGUUGCCUAGUGACUAUCAACUUGGAGUAUGUUGAUGUUCCAGAGACAGGCUCUGAUAGCACGGAAGUAAUCAUCAAAGAUGGGUAUGAGGUAGCCAUUAUUCCGCCAGUGAGCUCUGGAUAA